AUGGAUCGAUUGCCAGAAGAGGUCCUGCAGAUUAUAUUCUCGACUUUCCUACCGGAUGUCGAUGUUUGCUUAAUCCGACAUGGACCAUGCAUCGCCCGGCCACUCUUAUAUCAUACGAUUUAUGCGUUUUAUAACACUACGCGUUGGCUACUUAUUCGGACUUUGAUCGAAAACCCAGCCCUCGGUCAACAUACCCGUACCAUAGUUAUAUCCCAUGAGCCUGAAAUGAUGCUUAGGCCCCAUGCCAAAAUUCAUCCGGAUAUGUUGCGUCAUGCGGUAAUGAAAGCACAAGGGCGACCUGGAUACCCGUCCCGCUUGAUGUCGAAAUUCCUUUGUUGUAUUGAAAAAGGAACGGUUGAUUCAGCUGAGAGCACAUUCCCUCUCGCGUUCCUACCAAACCUCGAUCAAAUGUUUCUCUAUUUGCCGGGAGACUAUUUUAAUGCGAUAAAUAUUUUCAGCAUCAUCACCAGGGAAAUCGCAUCCAGUCGGGACGAAGCUCGCUCCUCUGAGGGAAUACCGCCGGCUCAACUUAUAUCUGCUAGCCACUUCUCUAAACUCCGAAAGAUACGAGUGGGAUGCACAAUGGUGGGACUGUUGGCUAAAUACAAUGAGUUCACCGCGCAGCUUGUUAAACUGCCUAAUCUGAGGUCUUUCGCCAGUUAUCAGAACACCUGGAGCGAAGAAGCGCUGAGAAGAGCUCCUGGAACCAUUGGUAUUCACAACUUGAUUCUUGGUAACCCAAGGAUGACUGGAGAGGACUUACUAUAUCUUCUCUCUAAGUGCCCCAAUCUUCGUGGUCUCAAAAUAACAUUCGGCUAUUGUGAGCGGUAUAUAGACCGACCAUAUCUACCAGCAAUAGGGGAUAUGUUGAGAAACGGUCCCUUUAAUCUCGAAACCUUGAUUCUAGAAACCUCUAAGAUGAGUGCGGGCCGAGAAAUUGAUACCAAACAUAUACUCGGCUCUCUACGCCCACUCCAGAAGCUUACGAAACUGCACCUCCCGCUAGAUAUUCUUGCCGGUUUGAGGGCGUGUGCCUAUGAUGACAGCGUAGAAGGAGAGCACCAAAGGUACUCUCUCAAUAUUGAUCAACAGCUUCCGCAUUCGUUAGAAAUAGUUGACUUUGAGGUUUUCUCAUUGGGCCAUAACAGAACGAACGUAUACAUACACAAUCAGGUCAUGAAUCUGAUUUCUAACGAAUACCGAAUCAAUCUUAGAGCGGUGCAAGUUGGAAAUGAGAUAAACACCGUGUCCGUGGAAUACAUAAGGAACGUGGGGCGUCCAGGUUGGUCGGUCAUUUGUCGCAAUACCAGCAGCGAGUUCAAUCUUGAAAACUUGCUGGACAAUUGGCCCAUAAUAUCUCAAGGACUGGUGGAUAUCAGUUACACGGCCCCCGACCUGGACAUCCCGCGCUCGCACGUCGGAUGGCUAGUGGAUAUUAGACAUGAUUGCUAA